CAGGGCACGUGCGGUCUGCGCUCAGCGGCACUUAUGCGGCGCCUGCUGCAUGCGCGCAGGAGGCGGGAGUGGCCGGGGGCCCGCACGGGUGUCCUCGUCCGGACGGACACCAACUCGCCUCCGUCCUGGCCCGGGCUCGGUCCGCCCGGACAUGGGGGGCUGCGGACACGAAGCAAACAGUCGGCGAGGCUCCGAGGAGCGACGGGCGGGCAGAGAGCGGUACCGGGUUUUAGGAAGAGGAGGGGCAGGUGCUGCAGGCUGGCGUGUGCGUCCCUGCGGCGCCACGGGCUCCACACGUCGGCGAGGCACUGCAAGGCCCGCACGGGCGCCGAGCACCUGUGGCUGACGCGGCACCUGAAGGACCCAUUCGUGAAGGCGGCGAAGGUGGAGAGUUACCGGUGUCGGAGCGCCUUCAAGCUUCUGGAGGUGGACACGCGGCACCGGAUCCUGCGGCCGGGCCUCCGGGUGUUGGACUGCGGGGCGGCCCCUGGGGCGUGGAGCCAGGUGGCGGUGCAGAGAGUCAACGCUGCAGGCACAGAUCCCAGCAGUCCCGUGGGCUUUGUGCUCGGGGUCGAUCUUCUUCACAUCGCCCCCCUGGGAGGAGCGACUUUCGUGUGCCCCGCUGACGUGACGGACCCACGGACCCUGCAGAGAGUCCAAGAGCUGCUUCCUGGCGGGAGAGCAGAUGUGGUUCUGAGUGACAUGGCCCCCAACGCCACAGGCAUCCGGGGCCUGGACCACGACAGGCUCAUUGGCCUGUGCUGGUCGCUUCUGGACAUGGCUCCAGGCCUGCUGUGUCCCGGGGGCACAUUUCUCUGUAAAACCUGGGCUGGAAGUCAAAGCCACCGGUUACAGAAGAGGCUGACGGAGGAAUUCCAGAGCGUGAGGACCCUGAAGCCGGAGGCCAGCAGGAAGGAGUCCUCAGAGGUGUACCUCUUGGCCACACAGUACCGCAGAGCCCGGGGGCCUGGGGGGGCCUGAGCUCCCGCCCGCCCUUGCCGGGCCUGGUCACUGCACUCUGCGGGGCUGGGCGGCCCGGGCUUGACCGGGAGGCAGCGGCCAGGACAAGUGGGGAUCUUUCUAAACCGAAGAGGACAGAACUGUAUUCAGUGGCCAUGAUAAAAAACGGUCUGUCACGUGAUUUGUGAAGAGGAAGUUGUCCUGAGAGAGGGACGAAGGCUGGGGAGGGAAGGAUAAACACAGGCCGGGUUACAGGCUGAGGCAGCGACAGAGCAGGCUCCGCCUCGCUCCGGACAGCACAGGUUUCCAGCCCAGAGUUUGGCUCUACAGCAUCACGUAGGAAAAUCUGAAUUCCCGUCUGGGGACUAAAUUCCUUCUGGUGAAUGAUCCGGAGACGCAGCCACCCCUCAAGCAGCGAUGUCCCCAGGCAGUUAGGGGAGACACUGGUGUGAACUGCAUGGGCGGGCGUGCUUUGGGUUUUGCUGGAAAGACCGGGCUGUAAUACUCCGGGCUCCCUGGACAGUAAAGGUCAUUGCCAAAGCA